AGGCAUGAUCCUAGCUGGUGUGGAGCUUACAAUCUAGUGGGGAGGUAGGUGUUAAUCACAAAGUUACACAGAUAUAUAAUUACAAGCUGUGAUAAUUGCUUUGAAGGCAAAGUACCGGUACACUGUGGUGGAGGUCUGAGAAGACUUCCCUGAGCAAGUGACAUUUGAACUGAGAUCUGAAGGAGCCGCUAGGAGUCCAUUAGACAAAGAGCUUGGGGGUAGAGGAAGAGGAGAGUGUUUCAAGUAGAGCAAACAGUGUAUGAACGUCCUGAUAGCAGGUGUUUUGGGGGAAAUGGAAAGAGGCCAUGGUGGGAAUGCAGAACACAAGAGGGAAAGAGGUGUUGCGGAAGUCAGUGGACACGCACGACCUGGGAACCAGCUCCGUCGGGGCCAUGUCCGAGCGAGAGGAGCGGCGGUUCGUGGAGAUCCCUCGGGAGUCGGUCCGGCUCAUGGCGGAGAGCACGGGCCUGGAGCUGAGCGAUGAGGUGGCGGCCCUGCUCGCGGAGGAUGUGUGCUACCGGCUCAGAGAGGCCACCCAGAAUAGCUCUCAAUUCAUGAAACACACAAAACGGCGGAAGCUGACCGUCGAGGAUUUCAACAGGGCUCUCCGAUGGAGCAGCGUGGAGGCCGUGUGUGGUUAUGGAUCCCAGGAGGCGCUGCCCCUACGCCCUGCCAGAGAGGGUGAGCUUUACUUCCCUGAGGACCGAGAGGUGAACCUGGUGGAGCUGGCCCUGGCCACCAACAUCCCUAAAGGCUGUGCCGAGACAGCUGUGAGAGUUCAUGUCUCCUACCUAGAUGGCAAAGGGAACCUGGCCCCACAAGGAUCAGUGCCCAGCGCUGUGUCUUCGCUGACUGAUGACCUUCUCAAGUACUACCAGCAAGUGACCCGGGCUGUGCUGGGGGACGACCCACAGCUGAUGAAGAUUGCUCUCCAGGACCUGCAGACUAACUCCAAGAUCGCAGCACUGCUGCCUUACUUUGUCUAUGUGGUCAGUGGGGUGAAGUCUGUCAGCCACGACCUGGAGCAGCUCCAUCGGCUCUUGCAAGUGGCCCGGAGCCUGGUUCGGAACCCACACCUGUGCCUGGGGCCCUACGUCCGCUCCCUGGUCGGCAGCGUCCUCUACUGCGUCCUGGAGCCCCUGGCUGCCUCCAUCAACCCUCUGAAUGACCACUGGACUCUUCGGGAUGGCGCUGCCCUCCUGCUCAGCCACAUCUUCUGGACCCAUGGGGACCUUGUGAGCGGCCUGUAUCAGCAGAUCCUGCUCUCCCUGCAGAAGGUCUUGGCAGACCCUGUGCGGCCUCUCUGCUCUCACUACGGGGCUGUUGUGGGGCUGCACGCCCUGGGCUGGAAGGCAGUGGAACGUGUCCUGUACCCACACCUGUCCACUUACUGGACAAAUCUGCAGGCUGUGCUAGAUGAUUAUUCCGUCUCUAACGCCCAGGUUAAAGCAGAUGGGCACAAGGUUUAUGGAGCCAUUCUGGUGGCCGUAGAGCGACUGCUGAAGAUGAAGGCCCAGGCGGCAGAGCCCAACAAGGGGGGCCCAAGCGGCAGGGGGUGCCGGCGCUCGGACGACCUGCCCUGGGACAGCCUUCUUCUGCAGGAGUCUCCCUCCGGGGGCAGCGCAGAGCCAGGCUUUGGGUCUGUCCUCCCGCUGCCGCCAGGAGGCGCGGGGCCGGAGGACCCUUCCCCGUCGGUGACCCUGGCGGACAUCUACCGGGAGCUGUACGCCUUCUUCGGGGACAGCUUGGCCACCCGCUUUGGCACGGGUCAGCCCGCGCCCACCACUCCGCGGCCGCCCGGGGACAAGAAGGAGCCGGCGGCCGCCCCGGACUCGGUGCGGAAGAUGCCGCAGCUGACGGCCAACGCCAUGGUCAGCCCCCAGGGCGACGAGAGCCCCCGCGGCGGCGGCCCCGUGGGACUCAGCAGCUUCUCUUCACAGGGCUCCUUCAGUGGCCGCUGUCCCCUGUAUGGUGUGGCCGCCCUGAAUGGCUCCUCCCCGGCCUUAGCCCAACCCUCGGCCCCAUCCCUCUGCUACUUUGUGGCGGGGGUCUCUGGCCUCCUGGCCCUCUACUGUCUCCUGCUUCUGCUCUUCUGGGUCUACAGCAGCUGCAUCGAGGACUCCCACAGAGGUCCCAUAGGGCUCCGCAUUGCACUGGUCAUCUCAGCUAUAGCCAUCUUCCUGGUCUUAGUGGCUGCCUGUAUCCUUCGAUUUGGCACCCGUUCUCUCUGCAAAUCCAUCAUCUCCUUGAACAUUACAAUUAGCUGCUCUGAAGCCCAGAAACUUCCAUGGACACCCCCUGGAACCGCCCUGCAGUUUUACUCCAACCUACACAAUGCUGAAACCUCUUCUUGGGUGAAUCUGGUAUUGUGGUGUGUGGUCUUGGUGCUUCAGGUGGUGCAGUGGAAGUCCGAAGCCGCCCCAUACCGGCCUCUGGAGCGGGGCGACCCUGAGUGGAGCUCUGAGACAGACGCUCUCGUUGGGCCACGCCUUUCCCAUUCCUGAGAAGUAACCAAAGAAUGCUUCGUGCAGCCAAAGACUCUGUGCCCAAGUGCCUACAAUCCUGUUGCCCCCUCAUGGCCCUGUUUAUGCUGGGAGCCUGUUUUCCCUCCACGAGGGAAACAUGAUGAUAGGCCCCCUCCGCCUCUCUUCCUACAGCUGUUUUUGUACCAGAAUAUUAUAUUACUUUCUUCCUUCA